AUAACGGAGAGAAAGAAACGAAAUACCCAACACAAAACCCGAGCCGUCGUCCAAGCUUCCCCCUCCGGCCGCUCCAAGCCUCCCACCCGACCGAAACUGCUGAGGACGGAAAAACCAGAGGGAAAACCGGGGGAAAACAUAGGAAAAAUCAACGAAAACAAAGGAAAGACGGAAAAACUUAAAACGUGAGAAAGGGAGAAGUGGGAUUGAAGGAGGAGGAAAGAUGGUUGUGCGGAUUCGUUUGUCAAGAUUUGGUUGUCGGAACAAGCCAUUCUAUAGGGUGAUGGCCGCCGACAGCAGGUCUCCAAGAGAUGGGAAGCAUCUCGAAGUCCUCGGCUACUAUAAUCCACUACCAGGACAGGAUGGCGGGAAGCGAAUGGGGCUGAAUUUUGACAGGGUGAAGUAUUGGCUAUCAGUUGGUGCACAGCCUUCGGAGCCUGUCCAACGUAUACUUUUCAGAGCAGGUGUUCUACCACCACCACCAAUGCUUGCAAUGAGCCGCAAAGGUGGGCCCCGUGACACCCGUCCCGUUGAUCCCCUGAGUGGCCGUUACUUGACGCCCGAGAGCCCGGAAGCUUUUGAUCAAUCUGAAUGUGGAGAAAAUGAGGCCGGUGAAGAUGGUGAUAAGCCAAAUUCUUGAAAAGAAAUUGCAGAAUUAUAUACCAAGAAAACAGACAAACUACAGCAUCUGGUUUUUGAGUUGGGUGGCAGUCGAUUUGAAGUUUGAAAAUCUUUGUAUGUGGUUGUCUUCAGGCACUUAAAGCACUUAGAAGCUUAAUAUCUAUGGAAAAUAAUUGCAGAGUCUGUUUUACUCUUGGAUGGUGCUGCCUGUUAUGGUCUCUGAAUUGGUCGCGAGAAAAUGUGUUGGUUCAUGGGCUUGCAGGCUUA